UGCUGCUGCUGGUGCUGGUGUUGCUGCUGGUGCUGGUGCUGCUGGUGUUGCUGGUGUUGCUGCUGCUGCUGGUGCUGCUGCUGGUGGUGCUGCUGCUGAUGGUACUUUUGUUACUGCUGGUGCUGGUGAUGGUGGUGGUGCUGCUGCUACAUCCGCUAUUGCUUCUGCAACUGAUGAACUGGUCCUACAGAGAAAAUCUGGUGAAAUUAACAACCAGAGAUCUCUUACUGAGGAGAAUGCAAAGCACGAUCGGCCCCGAAAGAAAAAAUCUAAGGAAAAACAUAAGGUAACAAAAGAAGUCAGAGCUAUGGUUGAUGUAACUCAGUCAUCUGAAUCAGUUUCAGAAAAUGAUUCUGGAAGCUCAUUUAGAAGACAGGAUUCACUUAACUCAGAUAACACAUCAACAGAUCUUAAAAAAGUUAAUGAACUACUUAGAAAAAGAAAUAAAAAAAUAGAAAGUGAGAAGAACGCCCUAAAGAAGGAAAUAUCAGAAACAAGGGAGGAGAAAUCAAAGUUAGAGGAUGAAAUGGUGCAGGGAGACGAAGAAUUCUGGAACCUGAGGUUCACUCUAAAAAAAGAACUCGAGGAGACAAGGAAUAUCCAUUGCAUUUAUGAAAUUAUGAAGAAACAUUUAAAUGAAAAAGAAAAGCAGCAGAGGGAGAGAGCUGCAGCGACUCAGCUUAGGAUGCAUCUGAGGACACGAGACCUGGAGCUGAGGAACAGGAGGGACACCCUGAAGGAGUUGCAAGAAGCACAGGAUCAACACAUAGGAGCUAUAAAAAUUGCCCAGAAGAUGAAAGAUGACUUACAAAGGGUUGAACAUGAAAAUUCUGAGUUAAAAGUAAAAGUGAAAGAGCAAGCUAAGAAAAUCGAAAAGCUUAGUGGAUAUCUACAAAACUCACGUGAAAGACUGGAACAAAGUUCAAAGCUGACACAGGCAGGAGUUCGAGAAACUUUGGAGGUAUUAUGUAACAACAACAUUUCCCCGACGAAUCAGAUAGGAGUCAGAAUCCAAAGUCUGCAGUGUGAACCCUCCCAAAGGAAAACUGUGCAAGACCCAAACACAAGUGGCCCGAGAAGUUAUGAGCAACAAUGUAUAGAAGAAUUAAGGAUUAGCAAUGCAUUGUUAUAUGAACGAUACAAUCUCUACAGGAAUAGGAGGCUAGAGGAGUCCCGCACAAAAGUUCACAUCACAGUGGAGCAGGGCACAUCUCCUCUGAACACAUCAGAAACAAGGUUUGAUCUUGAAAGCCCUUGUGGGGCAUGCACUUGCCCUCACCGAUCUUUCAUCCCACGUGAGGCUGUGGUUCUCCCAGGAAACCCAAGGUCUUCUAACUUCUGCUCGCAAAGCUACCGGAGAACGAUGGAAGAGGAGGUAAAAUCAGUCCAAGAACUUACAGAAUUAAAACAGUCUUUGGAAUAUAAGCUGUAUCACCAGAAGAAGAAAAAUGAUGAAAUAGAAAAGGAGAUUAUCAGAAUUAAGAAAUUUCUGAAAAUGACAAAAAGUGGGCAUAAAAUUGGAGAAUGUAGUUCUCAUGGACAUUCAAGAACUGGGCAGUUUUGAGACACUAAAAAUAUGACUAGACUUUGUCACAUGGCUUGGUGGGCAGAUACAGCAUGCCUCUCCCAUAGAUACAGGACUCAACGUGGCAGUCUUGAUAUGUUCCAGUGACAUCUUCUGGGACCACACCAUUUGCACUGAACAUGGAGCUAACUUUUCUAACCGCAGCCUUGGAAAUUUGGCUUCAGCUGAAGCCACAGCUCCUGGUUCAGGUGCCACCUACCAGCGAAAAUGACAAAGCAUUGCCCUUAAUAAUUUUUUUAAUUAAAAAGUAAAUUAUUACCUUUCUUGU